AUGUCCCGAUUAUGGCUGAACUUUUGUUUGUUGUCAUUUGUUACCUCCGUAGCUCCUCAAAGUAAUUUAUCUGCAUCAUUUCGCAAUGCCAAAUUUGAACAUUCUGCUAAAACUCUGUCCAAUUCAGAAGUCCGAACUCUCGCUUCUCUGUCAAAUGUGUCGCAUGUUGAAGAAGUUUUAAAUGAGAUUUGUAUUGUCAGAGUUGUCGGAAGUUUAAAUCAUGCCAAAGUUAAAAAUUACAUAAAAAGAACAAUGAGAAACCUCGGCUGGAGUUUAGAGACAGACGAGUUUUACGACGUAACUCCAACAUUCGGAAAGCUUAGAUUUGAAAAUAUAAUUACGACGCUUAAUCCAAAUGCUAAGAGAUAUUUAACUCUAGCUUGUCACUACGACUCUAAGUACUCGAGAGAAGGUAAUUUUGUUGGGGCUACAGACAGCGCAGUACCUUGCGCUCAAUUACUCAACUUGGCUACUGUUAUGCAAAAACAGUUGGAACCGCUCAAGCAUGCUGAAUUAAGCCUCAUGUUUAUAUUCUUCGAUGGAGAAGAAGCUUUCGAUACCUGGGGACCCACAGAUUCAAUUUAUGGAGCUCGACACUUGGCCGAUAAAUGGCAUUCUGUAAAACAAACUUAUGGAGACGAAGAUGACAUCAGCAAUUUGGAUAAAAUGGAUGUCUUGGUACUGUUAGAUUUAAUAGGAGCAACAGAUCCUAAUUUUUACAACUUCUUCGACAGUACGGUUCGUUGGUACUCUCAAUUGAUUUUAGCAGAAAAAAGUUUGGCUGACUUAUCUUUAUUGAAAAACUAUUUUGGACACAUACCUUCUCGGAAAUAUUUCCAGCCCCAGUCUGUGAACUCGUACAUCGAAGAUGAUCACAUACCUUUCCUUAAAAAAAACGUACCAAUCCUUCAUUUAAUACCGCACCCAUUUCCGGACGUUUGGCACAAGCCGAGUGAUAAUUUGCAAAACAUCGAUCUGACGACUACAGAAAACUUGAAUAAAAUUCUACGGCUGUUUGUGGCUAGUUAUUUUGGACUCAGUGUAUAA